UCUGUGCAGUAUGUUUUGGUAAUGGGAAGCUGUUUUAAUUAGAAAAUUUUUCUCAGUACAACCGACAAGCUUUAUAAAAUUAUAAAAUGGAGUUGAACUUAUCGAGAGUUGAUUACCUUCAUGGUGGGUCAUCAUUUCCAAAUUGCAUCAAGAUACUCCCCACAUUUAGCGAGGACAAGGCACAGCAUCGGUUGGUGGUGGCCAACAGGGAAGGGAAUGUGCAAGUAGUCGGUUGGGGCAAAUCAGAGGUUAUCACGAUAUGCAGGUUCAAUUUAGGCACCCUCAUCUCCGCCCUCAGUUUGGGGGGAGCGGUGGGAACAGCCAAAGACAAAAUAUUCUUGGCUUCAGGGAACAUGAUUCGUGGUUUUACGAAAAAGGGCAAACUAUUUCUAGAGUUUGACACCAACUUGGCCGAAUCCAUUCAAAAUAUGUUUGUUACUGGAAGUCAUCUCCUCGUUUGUGGAAAAAAUGUGUAUAAUCAAUAUGAAGAUUGUCAAGAUACAGGAUUCUACGUGUCUGAUGACGAAAUUACUGCCGUGCUGGCAUUACAAGUAGACAAGGUGGGGAAACUUGUUCCGGUCAUUUCAUGUCGAGACCGAACGCUAAAAGUCAUGGAUAAAGCAAAAGUCCGAUAUCUUUUCCACCUGGACGGGAUUCCCACAGCUCUCGGUCUUUUUAACGGGGAUGGUGGUGACAUUGGUUCUGACGUCUUGGUCGGCAGUUCGGACGGAUGUCUGUGCCUCGUGUCGAUUGGGGACGAGAGUGCAAUCCUUCGAUGGACUCACGACACAGAGACAUCGGCAGGAGUGACGUGUGUCGAUUUUUAUGACGUGACUGCAAAUGGGGGAAAAGAAUUAUUGGUUGGGUUUGAUGAUGGCACAGUCCAAGUUUACGGGAUUGAUGGUGACGAUUACCAACUUGUUCCUCCAAGAUUGCUAUUUUCACAGACCUGUAAUGAAAGUGUGACUGGCAUUACCGGUGGCAUCUUUGGUGCGGACAACUUUGAAGAAGUGUUGGUGGUUACAUACUCUGGCUGGGUAUACGGACUCACUACAGAAACAAUAGAUAAAAAGAUUCGGGUUGACGAUGGGACGUUUUCCAUUUCGGUAGAUACAAGGCAAAAAUUGGAGAAACUCAGAACUGAAAUUGAUGACCUGCAAGAACGCGUAAUUCAAGAAAGGGACAAGUACCAGACAGCUACACAAACAGCUUCGUCAGGUUUCUCAGUGGUUCCAUUCUUCAAAGUUAAUGAUAAAAUGGUACUUAAUCGAGAGGAUGCCUCAUAUUUGCUAACAAUUGAGGUGGAGUCUCCCAUCGAUACAAUUCUUAUUCAGAGCGAUGUUCCUAUAGAUUUGUUGGACGUUGAGCGUAAUUCUGCCGUGGUUUCAUACAGCGAAUGCGAACCUGACAGUGGAAACUUUCUACUUGUGACAUUCCGCUGCCAAGCAAACACGACGCGGAUUGAAGUGCGGCUGCGAACCAUAGAAGGACAACACGGUACUGUGAGAGCUUAUGUGACUCCGAGGAUUCUACCAAAGUGUUGCCAAGUGCGGACAUUCUCUGUGAAAUCAUUGUCGCUGCAUGUCAGAUCACAUGGAUUUGAUGUUAACAGACCAUAUAAUACCUUAAAAAUUAAUGGCACCUUCAGUGCAGUGGAAAUGCACUCCUGGUUGUCCAAUUGUAUUCCGGAAAUGCCGGCCAGAGCACCGUCUUCAGGGGAAGCAGCUAUCACAUUCCUGUCCACAUUUUUUGAUACCAUUUUGCAUUGCACUUUUAGCAAGGGAACUGCAGAGUUCAAGUCUGAUAACGUUUCAACUAUUUCCAUCUUGAAAGACUGGAUCACAAAAGAAGCAACCAAUAAAAAAAUUAACCUGGACAUUGAUUGCGAAUUUAAUGAUGAAAGUGUACUGCACACGCUUCAACUAAUAAGACCCAAAUUGGAUGGAUAUCUCUCGUUAACAAAACAGGUAGCCUUGAUCGAAGCUUUGAAGGAAAUUCAAGCCCAUGAUCCCGAUUUCGAAAAAAUAUUAUCUUCGGAAUACAAGUACAUUCUUAAUAACGCAGAUAAGCUUAAAGCUAUGCAUAAGAGGCAACCAAACUACUUGGAUAGAUUAUUUGGGAUGAUUACUGACUUGUACAUUGAUAAACACAAGUACAAUGGCAUAAAUGUGAAGUCGAGAGUUCCACAACUUAUGGAAGUUUUAGAUAAGCAGAAUUUUGACGCCUUGGUCGAUUUCUUUCAGGCACCAAUUUAUGAAACUCGUGGAAGUUAUAUUUAGUCAUUAGACGCUUAGCACUUCUGCGAUGGAAAUUAAAAUUCCAUUGAAAAAUCAAUUGGGGAAAUUUUUUAUCAAAAAUGUCAUUGGGGACACUUAAAUACUGAUUAGAUUACUUUUGUUGCCACAAAAUAAAUAUAAUAGUUACAAGGGAACCUUAAGUACUGUCACAUCUCGAUUUCCUUUCGAAUCGUCUUAAUUGAUAGAUAAUUU